AUGCUAUUUGCAUUCUACGACAUUCCGAAUUGGAGGAACUUCUAUGUUUCUCUUUUCUUAGCUCUAGGCGGAAUUUGCACUAUUGUUACUUUCAAUAAGAAGUUCUCUACCCCACAGUACCGGCCGUUUAGAUCGCUCAUGUUCAUUUUAUUUGGAUUGUCGGGCGUAUUGCCUGUCUUAACCGCAGUGAGUAUAUUCGGAGUGGAGAGUGCGUCUGAGCGAUCGAAGGCAGGCUGGUUGAUCGCUGAAGGGUUCUUUUAUAUCUUCGGCGCCAGUCUUUAUGCCAUGAGAAUUCCAGAAAGAUUCAGUCACAAAGAAUCAGAUAAUAGAUUACUCGAGAAUCCGGUAAGUGGAAAAUUUGAUUUAUUUGGCCAUUCGCACCAAAUUUUUCAUGUUAUGGUUGUGAUUGCAGCAUUUUGUCAUUGGAAAGCUCUUGUUGGAUGUUUUGAAUACUUGCACACACACACUCUCAAACCUUGA